CAAUUUAGAAAUAGUUUAUUUUUAGAAACAUGCCUUUGUUUUGGUAACGCACUUGACAACUAAGAGUGAACCUUUAUAACAGAUUACAAAAUAGGGCAACAAAGAGUUUGUGCUUCUUCAAGAUCGACGACGCGUUAAAAAGGACUCUGAUUUCGAACUACCUGAACAUGUUUCGCUACACGCUGCUUGUUGCCUUAAUCCUUUUGAUGAAUGCAUUAGGCUGGACAAAUGGAAUCGCACUUGGCGACAUAUGUACUAAUGCGGGAGAGUGUACCGCCACCACUGAAAACUCGGACUGCAAAGAAUUACUGGGUCCGAAAGAUGUCAAUGCGCCAUAGGGUACACAAAACAAGGAACAUUUUGCAAAGCAGCCCUAGGCACAGCCUGUGCGAAAACCGAAGAUUGCGACAAGACAACAAAUCCGCACUCCAGCUGCCCUCUAACAGGAACCAAAACCUGCAGAUGCGACACAGGCUACACACAGCAAAGAGGGAUGUGCAAAGCAAAUCUAGACACAGCCUGUGAGGAAACCGCAGAUUGCGACACGACAACAAAUCCGAACUCCAGCUGCCCUGCAACAGGAACCAAAUCCUGCAGAUGCGACACAGGCUACACACAGCAAAGAGGGAUGUGCAAAGCAAAUCUAGACACAGCCUGUGGGGAAACCGCAGAUUGCGACACGACAACAAAUCCGCACUCCAGCUGCCCUGCAACAGGAACCAAAAACUGCAGAUGCGACAUAGGCUACACACAGCGAGAAACGAGGUGCAAAGCAAACCUAGGCUCAGCCUGUUCUACGACCACUGAUUGUGACACGGCAACUACACAUGAUGCUGUAUGCGACCGUAAUGCUGUAAACAAGAUAUGCGUAAUCGGUGCUAACGGAGACUGUAGGGGGCGUAAGACGUGUGUCACAGCUUCUAUAUGCGUGAACGACACGUGCCGAUGCAGCACGGGCUACUUUCAGACCCCCUCCAAUCGUUGCAGCUAUGCGUUUGAUAAUCCGGGUGGUAAUUCGGGUGCGGUGAACGCGAUAUCGAUGCUCCUGCUGUUGACCAGUUGCUACAUGGCGAAGUUCUUAAAAAACUGAAUGAUGUAGCACAUGAGCCUGUUUUCAGAAAAUUGUUAACAUUAAAUUAUGGUUACAAUUUAUUGAUCGAUACACUGAUUUAAUUAAGGUUUAGAAAUUUCCUUCGCGGGAAAAGUAUUUCUUGUUUUGUUUGUUUGUUUGUUGAUGCUGUGAUUUUUUAUUUAUUCUAAAAGUUGCAUUUUCAAAUUCUUAUACUUUUAAUUAUUUAUUUAUGUUAUUACAGACAUGUGAGUCCCUUGAAUUUAAAUACUUAUACAAUCAAUAUGUGUGUCAAAAACAUUAGAGAACAAUGAUCGCGGCCGUAUUAAUAUCAACGAAUUAAUAAGUUGAAUGAUUUCAACCUUUAGUGAGAUUGUUAUGUACACAUUAAUAUUCUCCAUAACGAGCGAAUACGUGCCUUAAUUACUCUUCGUUUUCCGACACUUACAACUAAUUUUUGUUCUUGCCCCAAAAUUUACAUACGGAAAAUAUUAAAAAAUGUUAGGUGUCCGAAAAUUUAGAGACAAAAAUUAAAUGUCCGAAAAAUAUAACUAUAUUAAAAUAUUAAAGUAACAAAUCAAUGUACAACAGUGUGUCUACUUUAAAAUAAAAACAAAUUUACA